GACGACCUGGGGCUCCCCGUCUACGCCCACAUCCGGCCGAGGGACGUGGAGGCCAUCCCCAGGGCUAGCACCAACCCCGGUAACCGCAAGGUGCGGGCCCUGGCCUUCAGCGGCAAGAACCAGGAGCUGGGGGCGGUGUCCCUGGACGGCUACUUCCACCUGUGGAAGGCCCGAAGCACCCUGUCCAGGCUGCUGUCCGUCCGGCUGCCCUACUGCCGAGAGAACGUGUGCCUGACCUACUGCGACGAGCUUUCUCUCUACGCGGUGGGCUCCCAGUCGCACGUCUCCUUUCUGGAUCCGCGCCAGCGUCAGCAGUACAUCCGGCCCCUGUGCUCCCGAGAGGGCGGCACCGGCGUGCGCUCGCUGAGCUUCUACCAGUUCGUCGUCACCGUGGGCACGGGCCAUGGCUCCCUGCUCUUCUACGACAUCCGUGCCCAGAAGUUCCUGGAGGAGAGGGCCUGGGCCGGCCCGGACUCCCCUCCGGGGCCCGCAGGGAGGAAGCUCAAGCUUGCCUGUGGCAGAGGCUGGCUCAACCGUGAUGACCUCUGGCUGAACUACUUUGGUGGCAUGGGGGAGUUCCCCAAUGCACUCUACACCCACUGCUACAACUGGCCGGAGAUGAAGCUCUUUGUGGCUGGGGGGCCGCUCCCUUCAGGCCUCCACGGGAACUACGCAGGCCUCUGGAGCUAAGGAUGCCCACCUCGUUCUC